GAUUCAUUAACUUACUCGUUUACUAUGCUCUCUGUAUACCAAACGAAGUGGCUUUUUUACAAAAACGAAAAAGUUGUUUUUGCUGUUAAUACCUUCUUCUUUUUUCCCACCAAUUGGGUUUGUUUUGGCAAAGAUGCUGUGGCUAACAACAAGUUUUGGAGAAUGGAUGUAGGAUUUGUGAUGGUUUCUGCAGUAUAAGCUCGGAUCUAAUUACAAAAGGAUGAAAGGGUUUUAGCCUCUGUGCUGUGACUUGGGAGCACUUGUUGAAGUUUAUCCCAACAAAACAAACAAUCACCUUUGCUUCAUAAAGUCGAAUGGUGGGUUGUUUGCUGUAAAAGAAAGCAAAUUCAAUCUCUUGACCAUUGACUUGUACUCAAAGCCAGAGGCUUUGGUUAGCUUGGUCAUGCUUAAUUUUGAAACCCCUUAUCUUCUGCCUCACUCUCGUAUGUGAAUGAGUAGUCCCAUGUGCUCUUGGAACCGACGUUUCCUUUUACCUUGUCAUGUUCACAAAGCGAAGCUGAUACAAAAGCUUGCUGUUAGCUAGGUAAAAAGGUAUGGGAUGGUGAUGAAGAGGUCAAAGAGAAGCAGCAGCGAGGAUCAACCAAAUUUGAGAUAAGAGCAUAUAGAUCGUUGGUGGUCAGAGGGGCAGGACUCAUUCUGUUCCAAAGCGUAUCAACUUUACCUUCAAGGCUUGUUUUGUGAAUGUUGUUCCCUGAAACCAAUUUUUUUUUUUUUUUUAAUCUUGUGUAUCUUAAGUAGUUAUGAUGAAUCAAUCAUAUAUCUCUCUCUCGAAAGGUCAACUUGUUAAAGUGGUCACCAACUAAGAGUUGACUUAUUUACGCCAACGAACUCUUAGAUCCUUUCCCAUGUCUCAGCAGCCAACUACAAACUUUUAUGGAGAGAGAGAAAGAUAGAUCGUGGCCAAAAAGAGAAAACACUCGUGGAAACAGUCGUAAUCUGAAGCUUCUUUACACGCUAAGAAUACAAAAGCAAAGGCAUGGAAAUAGUGAGUCGUGGGAGAGAUGAUGAUGCAAUGUUUAGAUGGAUUAAAGCACUUAUCCUUAAUUCUGUUGACUUGUUGUGAUGCUGAUCUUCCCAAGGGUCGUCGAAACCCUAUGGAUGUGGCUAGAGGCACUGUGUUUACUGUGAAUGAGAUUGAAGCACUUUAUGAAUUGUUCAAGAGCAUUAGCAAAGACGGGCUUAUUGAUAAGGAACAAUUUCUGCUGGUACUAUUUAAGAUGAACACAACGAGAAGCCUUUUUGCUGAUAGGGUGUUUGACUUGUUUGAUACCAAACAUACCGGGAUUCUAGAUUUUGAAGCCUUUGCUCGUUCUCUUUCUGUCUUUCACCCCAAUGCUGAAUUUGAGGAUAAGAUUGAGUUUUCUUUUAAGCUGUAUGAUCUGAAGCAACAAGGGUCUAUAGAGCGACAUGAGGUGAAGCAAAUGGUGGUCGCCACACUAGCCGAAUCUGGCAUGAACCUUUCUGAUCAUGUGAUUGAGAGCAUCAUAGACAAGACAUUUGAAGAAGCUGAUACUAAACUGGACGGGAAGAUUGAUAAGGAAGAGUGGCGGAGUCUUGUAUUGCGCCAUCCCUCUCUGUUACAGAACAUGAGCCUUCAACAUCUUAAAGACGUAACAAAGACGUUUCCAAAUUUUGUAUUUCACACUAUAGUGUCAGACACUCCUAGUGAGCUGGAUAGAUGAUGACGGAUGUGAAGAAAGACCAAAACCUUUAAAAGAUUCAUACUUGAUCCUAUCUUCUUCUCCAUUAGUCUAUUACAACCCACUCACUCUUUACUUUUUAACAAAUACAAGAAUACAAGAUCAUAAAGUUUUGACUUCACAGGUUUGUAUCCGCAAACUUGUCUCUGUUGGAGUGUGCAAGUUGAUACUUUUACUUGGCUUUGAGAGAUUAUGAUAUCCUUCUAUGUAUUUAAACACUUUUUUCUUACAAUCGAUUCACACCAAUCUAAUUGCACUUGAAAAAAACUUGUUUGGUAUGGAAUUUUUGUAAACA